CAGUCGGGCACCUGCUUCAGAGUGGUGUAUAUUAUAAACAAUUAAGGAACUGGAUCUGCAGCUUCAUAUUUUCGAUUCAGCGACGUGAGCAGACCAUAAGAUGACUAAAGAAGAGUUUAAUUUCGAGGAGGGUGAAGACAAGGAGAGCGGCGGAGGACGUUUCUUCACAACGUUCCAAAUCGUCUUUAUCUGCAUUGCGGGAGCCGCCGUGAUAAUCGCCGUCGGGUGUAUGUGCGCCUUCUUGCCCGACCGUUCUUGCGAGCAACCUAUCGGGCCAGAACUCCCGACGACGGUCACCGCCGAACCCACCGAGGCGCCCCUUACGGAACCACACGUGACAGAACCACCUGUGACAGAACCACCUGUGACAGAACCGCGCGUUACGACAUUAGCCCCAAAUGCAACUACAGAGCCAUGGAGUGGACGUUUAACAUACGAUCUUAUCCCAGAAAGCUACGAGCUCUAUCUCAAACCAUACCUCUAUGAUGACGACCUCGGUGAAGGUGAUCGUAUAUUCACGUUUGAUGGAAGAGUUAAAAUACACUUUAGAUGUAAUACGACAACCCAGAUGGUGACACUGCAUAUGCUGAAUAUCACCAUUAGCAGCUCCACACUAACUGAUAGCGACGGGAAUGAAGUUGGUAUCGAAAGCAACUCGUUUACUCCCAUUUACGAGUUCGUCCAUUUUCAUGUUGCUGCUGAGCUCGAGGAGGGUAAAGACUACAUCUUGGAAAUCGAAUACCUUGGCGAGCUAUGGACCGGACUCUCGGGGUUCUAUCGUAGCAGUUACGAAGAAGAUGGCGAAAUAAAAUGGCUAGCCACCACUCAGAUGCAGCCCACUAGCGCCCGUCGCGCUCUUCCUUGUUUCGACGAACCCGACUUUAAGGCCGUCUUCCAAACCCAGAUCGAGCACCGCGACGACAUGGUCGCCCUAUCCAACGGCAUCGAAAUCAGCGUAAAUGAGAGUGAGACCGAAGGAUGGCUGAUUACGGAGUACGAAGCCACGCCCAUGAUGUCGACCUACCUCUUAGCUUUUGUUGUCGGCUACUUCAACUAUACGGAAACAUACACCGACGGUGGAAUUCGGUUCCGAGUUUGGUCACGACCGGAGGCGGUGAAUACAACAGUAUAUGCUCUUGACAUCGGAUCUAAUAUUACCACCUACUUCGAAGAAUAUUUCAAUAUAUCUUUCCCUCUUGAAAAACAAGACAUGAUUGCCGUACCGGACUUUUCAGCUGGGGCCAUGGAGAAUUGGGGCCUCAUCAUAUACCGUGAAACUGCCCUACUCUACGACAGCAGGGUCAACUCUGCUAGCAACAAACAACGUGUUGCUACAGUCGUCUCUCACGAACUUGCCCACAUGUGGUUUGGCAAUCUUGUAACGUGUCUAUGGUGGGAUGAUCUUUGGCUGAACGAGGGAUUCGCCAGCUAUGUCGAAGGUCUUGGUGUGGAAUACGCAGAGCCUUACUGGGGCAUGAAUGAACAAUUUGUAGAUUUGCAUCUGCAGCCAGUUUUUGACCUUGACGCCCUAGGUACGUCACAUCCGGUCCAAGUUGCUGUCAAUUCUCCGGAUGAAAUCAACGAAAUCUUUGAUUCCAUUUCGUACAGCAAGGGAGCUUCGAUCCUCCGUAUGUUAAAUGACAUUCUCGGAGAAGAUGUAUUCUUGAGCGGACUCAACGCUUAUCUACUCAGGUACAGAGAGGAUAACGCCAAAACUGAUGAUCUAUGGGCGGCUCUUACAGAGGCAGAUGAAGGAAUCGGUAAUAACGAUGUCAAACAGAUUAUGGACACGUGGACGCUACAGAUGGGUUUUCCUGUGGUCGAUUUCCGUCGCUUUGACGAUACUCACUUCAAUGCUUCACAGGAACAUUUCCUCAUUAACCCUGAUGCUGGAGUCGAUGACAGAUACGGCGAUGUCGGAUACCUGUGGUAUGUUUACCUCACCUACACACGAAUGACAGGAGCAGAUUUUGAAAAUCCCAAUGCUACGUGGAUCGAAAAAGAACCAUGGACCCUCGUACACCUCUCAUCCCCCAUGGAAAACGAUUGGUUUCUCGCUAACAUUCAGCAGUACGGAUUUUAUCGAGUGAACUAUGACGAUGAAAACUGGGCUCGCCUCAGCCAACAGUUAGUAGAUAGUCAUGUGGUAAUCCCAAUCGAGAACCGCGCCCAGCUCAUCAAUGAUGCCUUCAACUUGGCUCGGGUGGGGCGUGUGGAUUACCCCAUCGCUCUUGAUCUGACCCUCUACAUGGAGAACGAGGAUGACUAUGUACCUUGGGAGGCACUCCUUAGUGUUAUCUCGUACAUCACUGAUAUGUUCAGCAGGCAUUAUGGUUACGGCUCGCUAGAGAGAUACAUGCGGGAGAAAAUCCAGCCAUUAUACGACAAUCUUACAUGGAUCGACGACCAAGUUAAUGACCCUCAUCUUACACAAUAUAACCGAGUCAACGCCAUUGGCACGUCGUGUAAAUACCGCAACCAAGAUUGUCUAGACGAGGCUUCUGCUCUCUUCCAAGAGUACAUGAUGAACGAUGCGAACAACACUGACAACUUACCAGAUUAUGAUAUCAACCCCAUCUCUCCUAACUUGAAGACGACGGUAUAUUGCUAUGGUAUCCAGGAAGGCGGGCAGGAGGAGUGGGAGUUUGGCUGGAGGAAGUACAUAGAAACCCUGGAUGCCAACGAGAAAUCAACAUGGCUGUUUGCUCUUUCCUACUCUCAAGCACCGUGGAUACUAAGCAGGUAUCUAGACUACUCCCUGGAUGAAGAUCUUGUUCGUUCCCAAGAUUCAUAUUACGUCAUCGUCUACGUAUCACGGAACUACAUUGGACGUUCCAUUGCUUGGGAUUAUCUGCGAUCUAAUUGGGAAACCUACAAACAAUAUUACGGUGAAAGUCUAAGUGCGUUCAGUUAUAUCAUUUCGGAAAUAACAGAAGACUUUAAUACCGAUCUUGAACUAGAAGAGCUUAUGGCUUUCGGGGAAGGCAAGAACUUUGGGUCUGCAACGCGCGCAUAUGAGCAGUCGAUAGAGGUAGCAAAUACUAACAUCGCGUGGAUGAGUACCAGUGCAGAUACCGUGGCAGAUUGGUUCGAAGAUGCCGCCCCCGCUAUAGGGGAGUAAACGGGAUGAACGCCCUCCUCCUCCUCCUCUUUCUUCUUCUCCUCCGCCUGCUCUUCCUCCUUCUCCUCGCUUGUCUCUAUAGCCAUCACCAUCGUUACCAGAAGAGCAAGAAGGUGGUGGAUGUUUUCAGAGUAAUGUUUAGAAUUGACAUUUGGAGUAAUGACGAGUUGGAAUGAUUGAGAAAAUGCAGUAUGGUACCUCUGAUCAUGAAAAGCCUAAAAAAUAAAUUGCAUUUUCCUGUAAAUAAGUUGGCAGAAGUACAAACUCCCAACGUGGCAAAAGCUAGGUCAUGAUUUUUGUAUUUAAUUGGCGGCAGGUAAUGAAAACGGUAUAGGCUUUUAAAAACAGAUGGCAAAGUUAUCCUUUGAUUUGAAAGAAAAAGUGCCCUUGUAGCUGUUGGGAUAUGUGGGUAUCUUGCUAUUUAUCAAGUAAAGUUAAACCCUGUGAUGGAUGCAACAUGAUUAUAACAUGGAAUUGUUACUACUGCAAGGGAUAGUGACCCAUGCAGGACCCAUGCCGUUGUCUCGUAACUUUGCUUUAAAUUUAGUUAUGAGGAAAGUUGCGUGUAUAUAAGGUUGUUUUUGGGGAGAACUAGGGCCUUUGUUAGGCUUAUUGAUGUUAACAUAUGCCUUUGUGUUCAAAUUAUGCUUGAAAUUAUAGUUCGUGCGAUUUUGUGUGCAAUUAUGGUCGUAACCCAUCGGAUAACAUAGUUUUAUUCUGUUGAAAGGAAGUAUGCCUAAUAUAUAUCGCUUGAAAUGUUGAAGUAUUUUACUUUAUAUUUGUUGUAUCUGUUUGAAACGUUUUUAUUUGAGCUGUGAUGUAUUUUAAUUGCGACAAUGUCUUUUAUACAGCUCUCAAGAAUUAUUACAUUUUUACCAUUAUACUUUUCUGAUUACAGAAAGAUGCAUGAAAUAGCUCCAUAUCAAUCGGUGCUAUGGAAAAACAGACAAACAAACAAUACUUUACUGCUUUAUCAUCUCAAACAGUCCCGAAGUGUUAUUCUUUUUCGCUUGAGAUUUUCAAAUUACCUACUGCAUGUUAAAUUUAGGGGAAAACGUUGUGAGUGAGUGUGUGUGUGUAUGUAUGGGGGGGGGGGGGGGUGGUCAUCAGGUAACAUUCGCUGACAAGGUUUGGAAGGAAUAAAACCCAAAAGGAAACAAAAACGAAUAAUAAGAAUGACAAAGAGCGUCUUAGUCUGUAAACACUGUGCGAAAAGACAUUGAAGUCAGUGAAAUCGUCAUAUGGGUUUACAUGAAGUUAAGUUCGUUUAGGCCAGCAUGCUUAUAUUAUAUUCUGUUUGUUCACAUUUCCUUAAUUAAGUCGUUGCUCACGAAUCAAUCAUCGCUUACUAGAAAAUGGCUUUAUAAAUGUUAAUAUAGCUUCAUAUCAUUAAAAAACUGUUUGUUUUAUUUGAGUUGAAUUAAAAAGUUCUCAUUAUUAACAUUUUAUCGCAUUUCUUUUUGUGUAAUGGAAUAUUAUUGGCGGCUGUAGAUAGAGCCGACUCGUAAUUCGGUUCUUUGGGAAAUAGGUCCUGCCAGAAUGCAGAAACGUACUAGUUUUCGUAAAGACUUACUGUACUGUGAUGGCUACGGAAGAUAGCGCUUCUUGCUGUAUCAUAUUAGAUAACUGAAAUAUAUUUCUUAUGGUUACUUUGAAUAAAGUAAGGUUGUAGAAAUAAAAUCAAAAUAUUGAUAUAUUUCAUCUACAAUGAAUCAUAUUAAACGACAUUGUGCAUUUGAAAAUUAAAUCUAAUUUAUUAGAUGGGUAGCAGUAUAG